AUGGAAACUACUCACAAGGUUGCUGAAAAAUCUUCGACGGCCCACGACCGGUUUCGCCCUUCUUGGGGCACAUCGGACUGUUUUCGAGAAAUACAAUACAAUCAUUUGCAAAUCGAUUUGGUUUUCACGAGAGACUCAAGAGUAAAAAAAUCGUUCAGCUGUAGCACUCUUCCGGUACCUAACUGCCAUGCCACACGAAGGUUGCACGAGGGUUCGGAUACUGCCAGGUUGCCUAGGCCUAGACAGGGAAAGUCGAGAGGCAGAGGUCGGGUUCGCACCACGGACCUUCAGGUCAGUAAAUUCGCGCUCCAACCACUUCGGCCAUCUCGCCCCCCUCAUUCAGGAGUGUGA